AUGGGCUCUCGCCAUUUCCCUGCCCGGACAGUCUUGUUUGAAAGGGAGACGAGCGGAGUGACAUACCGAGUGCCAGCGCUACUCCACAUCCCUUGUGUUGCAAAGCUGCUGGCUUUUGCCGAAGAGCGGCUGAGUGUUGAUGAUGCUCAUGCCAACUUACUGGUGCUGAGAAGGGGCACUUUCUACAAGAACUUUGUGGACGUAAGACAAAAUGAAGCCAGUUUUGCUGACACCGUAUGACAGGACUGAAACUUAAGGCAUAGAGGAAAUUAUCUGUGACAUCCUUGUGAGUUUCCCACAGGCAUCUGGUUGGCCACUUUGAGAAGAGGGUGCUGGACUAGAUGGGCCAUUGGCCUGACCUAGACCUGUUCUUACAUCCGUCUCUGCGUUGCUCUUUCUUUGUCACUUCUUUUGUUGUUAGGAAUAAUAUAACUGGUGCCUCUUGAUUCUCUGAAACUCCCACCUUGUUCAGCCACGCAUAUAGCAGCCAUAAUUGCCAGGAAUGGACCAGAGCAAAUUAAAUGAUAAAUAACAGUUUUUUUCACUCACUAUAUUUAGAUCCUGCUGUGACCAGCUCAUCUUGGCUGCACUGAAUAGUCAUUUUUCUUAUGCUUCAUGUGGUCUGCGGUAGAGUAGGGUUUGUUCACAGGGGAUGGUUGACACUGUGCUCUUCAUAUGAUAACUUAGGCAUAAAACUGCUGUUAUAGAUGAUGGGCAAAGCUUUCUUUACACCCCACCAGGCCCAAUGCUUGUCAACAGAGGCAGUGUACAUAUUCAGCUCCUUAUCAUUGAAUGAUCAAUACUGAAAGGACCAAAGUUCAAGUACAGUGGUACCUCUGGUUAAUAACUUAAUUCGUUCCAGAGGUCUGUUCUUAACCUGAAACCAUUCUUAACCUGAGGUACCACUUUAGCUAAUGGGGCCUUCUGCUGCUGCCACGCCACUGUCGCACAAUUUCUGUUCUCAUCCUGAGGUAAAGUUCUCAACCCGAGGUACUACUUCCGGGUUAGCGGAGUCUGUAACCUGAAGCGUUUGUAACCCAAAGCAUUUGUAACCCGAGGUACCACUGUAAUGUGUGGAAUCAGCCCUAAUGGUUUAUGGAUACUUUUAAAGAUAGAAGUUGCUCUCACUACUGCUACUGAAAACAUAAGAAGACCAGACCAAAGUCCUGCCUAGUCCAACAUUCUGUCCUCAAAGUGUCCAACCAGGUGCCUAAGGGAAACCAAUAAGCAAGACAUUAAAAUUGGAUAUUCAAUUGAACUCUACCAUCCACUGCACUGCCCACUGAUAGACCUCAUUUCCAUUUCUUGGUCUCAGUCUUUUCAUUUUUAUCAGGAUAAUAUGGAUCUGUCCUACAGGGUGGUUGUUGCAAGGGUUACUGAACUAAUGCAGAUAAAAUGCUUUGAAUACUUAACAGUUUUGUAUAAACAGUUCUGUAUACCCGCAAUCAUGUUACCCAUCUGCUUUUGGGUAUUCUUACUCACUCAAGGGAUUGACUGGUGCCAGUAACACUGGUGUAAGUGAUUGGCUUAACGUCAAGUACUUUCAAGCUUUCUUCUCUUUCAAAUACUACCUAACACAAUGUGAUCUUUCCUUUGGAAUGAGGAGGGUCCCAGAGAGAGAAGCCUCCAACCUCAAAGAUGGUCUCCUGAUUAAAGCCCACCACAAUAACUGAAAAUAAAUUAUCUCAAUGAAUAGAAUGUUUCUGUAUGAUCAGACAAACACAAGAUUGCUGAAUCAACACAUUCACGCAAUUCCUUAUUUAUCUUCGAGGAGUCUCUUUUCCUUGUUUUUACUGACCAGCUAUAAAUUAAUCUCUUGACCAGAUGAGCAAACCUUAUGCAAUAAUGGGUUCCUAUUUCAAAUUAAAUAAUUAGUUUUUUUAGGGGAAGAUGCCGGGGGUGGGGGAAUGAAUUGUCUUCCUAACUCUUUUACUGUCUUUCUUUGCUAGUGGGAAGAUAUGCGAGCCCUUGAAACAGCAACUCUGGCACAUCAUCGGUCCAUGAACCCUUGCCCUAUCUAUGAUGAGCUUACUGGCAUGGUUUUCCUGUUUUUCAUUGCUGUGCUAGGCAGAACCCCUGAAGCCUUUCAGAUCAUCACAGGCCAAAAUGCUGCCCGCCUCUGCUAUGUGUCUAGUUCUGACCAGGGCAUCAGCUGGAGCCAUGUGACUGACCUCACCCAGCAGGUUAUUGGCGUGUCCAUUGAAGGUAUGAGACACAGGAGCAGUUUACUUACUUACUUACUUAAUUACUUACUUAAUUAUGAAAUGUAUAUCCCACCCUUGCUCCCAAAGGAAUCCACAGUGGCAACCAACAAGCAACAAAACAAUAAUAAUAAAAAAUCUUUAAAGCAUCUUAAAAAUAAUUUAAAUACAGAUCCAGGCUGGGAAAGAUCUCAACUUAAAAGAUCUGUUGAAAGAGAAAAUGGUCUUCAGCAGGCACUGAAAGGAUGACAGCAUACUUACCAGCUGACCCAGAAAAAUUAGGACACCCCAUUUCCCACUGUGAUAGUACAGCAGCCAUUUGGAGUACCUUGGUCUCGUGCAAUUUUGGGCCAAGAACUUGCCCCCCCCAGCACAUUUUCUGGGCCCGCAAUCUUGCACAGGAUUUUGGACCAGGAAAAUUGUGUCCUGGAUUUGGGCCACAUUGUGUUGGAGGGUAUGCAACAGAGACAGUGCCUGUCUAUUAUUCAUGGGGAGCGAAUUUAAAGGGUUGGUGUCAGAACACGAAAGGCCCAAUUCCUACAUUGUCUGGAAUAGACCUCCUGAUAAGGUGGUAUCUAUAGGAAGCUCUCACCUGCAGAGCACAGUGAUCAACUAGAUAUAUAAGUGGUGAGACGAUCUUUUAUGUUAAUAAAGGAGAAGGAAUGGAGAAGGGAUACAUUUAAUGAGCAUUCAUUCUGAUUCGUUUCUGGGAAGGUUGGAUGAUGUUGCAUCAAAGCAAGCAACUUGCCUGACACUUUUUCCAUUGUAAAAGCUUUGAUCUUUGGGGGAAGUGGGUUUGUUGCACAAGAGCUCCCAAACUAACUAUAAUCAUGCUACCUGAAUUUGUUGGUUUGUGACUGAAUCCCACCCCAAAACAGUGGCAAUUUGGGAAUGCCCAAAGAGUUUUGUGGCACCUUAAAGAGUAACACAUUUAUCAAUUUAUUAUAACUUAUCCAGAAGUUUGAUUGUUUCCAUGUGACAUUAAAUAAAAACAAUGGUUUCUUGUCCCACUAGAGGUGUUCACUGACAGAGCAAAGUUUGGAUGAGUGCGCUAUCCGCUUUGUGUUCAUUUUGCAUACCCUUAAACUUUAAUUGAAUUGUCACAGACUAUGUAUUUGGAAACUCAUUGUCAUUUGACCCCACCGUUUGCAACUUUAUUUCUUGACAUGUCCUCCUCACUUGUCAAAUGAUAACAACACUUCAUGCAUCUGAUGAAGUGGACUCUGUUAUACAAAAGCUCCCACCAUAAUAAAUGUGAACUUCAUUGCCACUUAGUGGAAGGGCCAUAGCUCAGCAGUAGAGCGUCUACCUUUCAUGCAGAGGGUCCCAGGUUCAAUCCCCAGCACCUCUAGGUAGGACUGGGAGAGACUCCCUCUCUGAAAGCCUGGAGACCUGCUGUCAGUCAGCACAGGCAGUCCUGAGCUAGAUGGACCAAUGGGUCUGUCUCCGUAUAAAGCCAUUUAUAUUCACGACUCUUGGUUGUCAUUGUUCCUGACACUGUCUUUCCCCUUUUGCUUCAGACUGGGCCACUUUUGCGCUAGGCCCCGGGCACGGCAUCCAACUGAAGUCAGGCCGCCUGCUAUUGCCAGCCUAUGCUUACCACAUUGACUGCAAAGAGUGUUUUGGGAAGCUCUGCAAAACCACCCCUCACGCUUUCACCUUCUACAGCGAUGACCACGGGCAGAGCUGGCAGUUUGGCGAGUUCAUCCCGAACCUGCAGACCGUCGAGUGCCAGAUGGUGUCGGUGGAUGAGGAGGACGGCAGCAACGUGCUCUAUUGCAACGCCAGGAGUCCUCUGGGCUUCCGGGUGCAGGCCCUCAGCACGGAUGAUGGAGCCGUAUUUCACUCAGGCCAGCUGGUGCAGCGGCUUGUGGAGACCCCGCACGGUUGCCAUGGAAGCAUCAUUGGGUUCCAAGCUCCACUUUACUAUUUGCAGCACAACACUUGCGAAUUCCAGAGAGACACCUGGUCUGAUAAAGAUGUGGGCUUCCUACCUCAGGGUUGGUCUGAUACGAAACACCCACCUAGUCUUGCCUCACCGACUCCUUUUUUCUGCAGCCAAUCUCUGAGCCACCGACAGCCUCAGGAAACAAGAACUUCUGGUGUCUGUUCUGGUCACAUCUCAUCAGGUAAAGGACAUGCUGAUCUAGAACAUGCUAAAGCUGGAAGUAUUUCGCAAUCGGGCUUUUCUUUCCAAAUGCCAACAUGGGUGUUGUAUUGCCACCCAACGAGCUCCAGAUCCCGAGUCAACCUGGGGAUUUACCUCAGCACCUUUCCUAGGGAUGCUGACAGCUGGACUGAGCCCUGGGUUAUUUACGAAGGCCCCAGCGCCUACUCAGAUCUGGCCUACAUUGAGCUGCCUUAUCCAGAUUUGUCAAUAACUGGGAUCCCAGCCAUAGCUUUUGCCUGCCUGUAUGAGAAUGGGGUGCGGUCCCCGUAUGAGCAAAUCUCCUUCAGUAUGUUCACGUUGCAUGAAGUUCUUCAGAACAUUCCUCUCACAACUUCUGCCCCAGGUUUGAAGCAGCCGUCAGGUGGUAGAAAGAGAAAGGGGAAGAGUUGUGUUAUUUCUUAA